UAUCGACCUUAUCAAACUGAUGAUUUUGUCAACAAUAAUAAAAAUUGCACUAGCCUUUAUAAAUCGCUGUGGCAACUAACGUUCGCUAUCCAUCGCAGAUAAGAUCUGUCAUAAAUUCUGCAAUUGAAUCGACCAGUCAGUCGUUCGCUGUUAUCCAAUGUAACGCAACGCAGAAAAUUCUUAUUGAAUUAUUCUAUUUGACCAGACGAAUGUAUAAUAAGAUAAAAUGCAUGCACUCUGUUUGCGAAAGAUCUUUGGCAAUGGCAGUGGCAGUGUUAAUCUAAUUCGAAAUGAUAAAAGUUACGAUAUCCAAAAAGAAAACGAGUUUUAUCGGCUUUUGACCCAUCAACGUAAGCGUGGUGUUAUGGGUGAGAUCGACGUGUCAGUAACCGAAAUCCCGCACUUCGACAAGAAUACAGAAACGCGAAAACUAAUUAAAACUGCUAUUCGAGACAACAAAUUUCUGGGAGAUCUCGAUGAAUCUCGUCUCGAGGAACUUAUUUCGGCUAUGUAUCCGAAAAAAAUUAAAGGGCAAACACGACUUAUCUCCCAAGGUGAAACAGGGUCUCACUUGUACGUGUCGGCAAGUGGAAUCUUUGAGAUUAAUGUGAAUAACGUAUCUUAUGGCAGUUUCGGACCUGGCGUCGCUUUUGGAGAAUUGGCAUUGUUAUACAACACGAAAAGAUCAUCCUCGAUUGAUGCGCAAACAGAUGGGCAAAUUUGGGUCCUAGAUCGCAAGGUUUUUCAAGCAAUAAUGCAGAGAACUGAUGAAGAAUCUACGCAGUAUAAUAUACAAGUUCUCCGUCGUCUUUCUGUGUUACAAACAUUUCCCGAGGAAGUUCUUCUAAAAAUGUCCGAUUUGAUAACUGUUGAAUUUUAUUGCUCUCAUUCAUACAUCAUACGCGAAGGAGAUCCAGGAGAUAAAUUUUUCAUAAUACAUGGCGGUAGCGUCAGAAUCACGAAACUCAACCCAUACGGAAUAGAAGAGGAAUUGACAGUACUUGAAAAGGGCGAUUAUUUUGGUGAGAAAGCGCUGUACGAUAACGGCGAUACUAAACGACAAGCUAGUGCUAUUGCUCUACCGCCUGGAACCGAAUGCUUCACAAUCGACAGGGAAUCCUUCCUGAACUAUCUCGGCGGGAUAGAAUCGAUCCGCAAUAAGGAUUGGCAAGUCUACCAGCAUUCAACAAUCACCGCGGAUAUCUGGGAUUACAAGUUUCGCGAUUUAGCCCUUUCAGACUUGGAAGUUAUUGGAACUAUAGGCGCCGGUGGUUACGGUAGAGUAGAAUUGGUAAUCGUGAGAUCAAUGCCAAACAUUAGCUUCGCCAGAAAAAAAGUGCGCAAGAAGAUGAUCACGCAGAAAGGAUACCAGAAAUUAAUCUACAACGAAAAGCAGAACCUGAGAUUGUGCAACUCUCCUUUCAUUUGCAAAUUACACAGGACAUUCAAAGACAACAAAUAUCUUUACUUCCUGAUGGAAGCAUGCCUUGGCGGUGAUCUACGAACAGUUUUACACAGAACAGGUCGAUUCAAUAAUCCGACUGCCCAAUUUAUCGUUGCUUGCAUUCUGGAAGCGCUCGAUUAUCUUCACACGCUCGGUAUUGUUUACAGGGAUUUGAAACCAGAGAAUAUCAUGAUUGCCAAUAACGGUUAUAUUAAAAUCACCGAUCUUGGCUCUAGUAAAAUGAUAGGUGCUUACAAGACAAAGACUUUCGUAGGGACGCCCGAAUAUUUAGCGCCGGAGAUUAUUCAAGUUAAAGGUUACAACAGAGCCGUGGAUUAUUGGGCCCUGGGAAUCUUAAUAUAUGAACUACUUCUCGCCCGAACACCUUUCCAGGACAGAAACGACAUAGAAGUAUGUGAAAAAAUUCUAAGAGGCUUCGAUGACGUGCCUAUACCGAGUACAGUCAAAAACAGCGCAAAAAAUCUUAUGCGGCGUCUACUUCAGUUUAACCCGACAAAAAGACUCGGUUACUUGCGAAAUGGCGCAAUGGAUGUGCGAAAUCAUAAAUGGUUUCAUAAUUUUGAUUGGAAGUCACUACAAAAUCAGACAAUGAUCGCUCCUUUACACCCAUCGAUAAGAAGCCAUUAUGACAUAAAAAAUUUUGACACAUAUUCUCAGGAUCGUGAGCCAGUAUUGAACGACUUCUCUGAUUGGGAUAUUAAUUUUUAAUUAUAAUAAUCUAAUAAGAACAAUAAUUAUACGCAACAACAAUACUAAAAGAAGACUCAAAAAGUCUUUAUACUCGAUAAAGUAUAAGAUUAUUGAGUAUAUAUUUAUAUAUACUUUAUUUCGAUAUUUCAGUUCAAUUAACGUGAACAAUAGCGUUAAUUAAAACACAAAGAAAAAUGUAUUAAUGUAAACUGCUGAAAUAUUAGUCGAUGUCUAUUGUUAAUCAGAAAUACUUAUAAUUCACUUAUAAUAAUUAUGCAUUAUUUAUUUUUUUGAGCAUAAAUAAUUAUGCUGUAUAGCAGUAUAACGAAGUAAAAAAUAUAUCAAUACCUUCAUUAUGAUUAUUUCAGAUCAGAAAGAAAUUGUCGAAGCUAAUCUGAAUUUAAGAUUCUUAAAUUUGACGAUAUUUGACACAUGGAUUAUAAAAUAUAUAUAAUAAAUAAUAGAAAAAUAAGAUAAAAAAUAUAUACGAUAUAUGAUAUUAAUAAAUAAUAUAUCAGAUAACCAAAUAAAGUCAUGCGGUUUUUCAAUGUCAUCAUUUCAACGAAAUAUACGUAAGCACAAUUGCUUCUUCAUUUCACUUCGAGAUCAGCAGUUCUGCCGGAGUGGCAUUUAUAAACUUGUAUCUCGUUGAAAAAAGACUGUACUGAAUAAAACACUUUUAUUCAUUU